AUGAAGAAAAGCUUAAAUAGGAGUAAUGUGCCCUCUUUUUUUGGUUUUGGUGAGGAGUCUGGCUGCUGCAUCGACUCCACCGGUCCCGUCAUCCAACUCGGGACCGGUGGAGUUGAUGUGGGCCACGGCAAAAGAAAGAGGCUCUUCUCCAAGGAACUCCGGUGCAUGAUGUACGGAUUCGGAGACGACUAGAACCCGUACAUGGAGUCAGUGGAUAUUCUGGAGGACCUGGUGAUCGAGUUCAUCAUCGAAAUGACCCCCAAAGCCAUGUCCAUCGGGCGCCAGGGCCGCGUCCAGGUGGAGGACAUUGUUUUCCUCAUUUGGAAAGACCCGAGGAGGUUCGCCCGGGUCAAAGACCUGCUGACCAUGAACGAGGAGCUGAAGAGGGCACGCAAGGCUUUCGAUGAGGCUAAUUAUGGCUCCUAAACCUGA